UAUAAGUUUUCAUCAUCGAAGACCGAAGUUUAUGCCCGUGUUAUAUUAAAAUAUAAUGUUAUUUGUUAUAAUUAUGCUUUAAGUUAAGUAAAUUUUUUUAUCUAUUUAAACCAUUGUCUCAAGAAAGUGUUCACGAUUAUUUCAAUGUACGAUUUAAUAUUAAUAUUACGUGGCAAUAGUUUUAAAACUAUGAUUUAUAAAUUUAAAUGUUGUCAUUAAAAAUAAUAAAUCUUCACUAUGUUUGAAAAAUAUGAAGACGUGGCUUUUAAAAAGCUGAAAUGCAUUCUACGUUUUAUUAAAAAAAAUGUAUCAUUCAAACAUAUCAAUACAUUCYAUCUUUCGAUUAACCUAAAUUGUUUUUWGACAUAAUUACUUAAGCCAUGUCUUCUAAAAUGAGUCACACUCAUAUUGUGGUGCUUUGUUCUAUUGCAAAUUUUAUAAAUGCUGCUGAUCGUGUUAUUAUGCCCAUCACAAUAAUACCGAUGACUAAUUAUUUCAAAUGGACAAUGCAUUGGCAAGGGUGGAUAUUAUCAGCAUUUGCUUUCGGCUAUUUAAGCAGUCAAGUUUUUGGGGCUUGUGCAGCUAAGAAAUUUGGUGGGAAAUUAAUUUUAUUACUGUCUGUUUUUUUAUGGUCUAUAUCAACUGUCGCAACACCAUGGGUAUCUCAUAAUACAUUUGCAUUGAUUUUAUGCAGAGUAAUAUCUGGAUUUGGUGAAGGAUUGGGAUUACCAACUAUAUUUCAUAUUUUUGCUAACAAUAUAGCAAUUACUGAACGUUCAAGUGCAUUUGGUUACUUAGUAGCCGCUGGUUCAGUUGGUCAGACAGUUGCAACUGUGGUAAGUUUAUUGGCUAUUGAUAAAAAACAUUUAUGUCAUUUAAUUUAUUUAAUAAAUGAUUUCUUAUUAAUAUUCAAAUAUUUGUAUAUUAAGAGUUGUAUUUAAAUUUCAAAUUAUUUGGAUAAUGUAUAUAAAACUAUAUAUCUAAGCACAUUAUCUCUGAAUUAUAAUACUCUAAACUUAUUAUUUGUUAUAUAGUAUUCUAGUAUACAUUGGAGGAAAUUCUUUAUACAUUGGCCCCUAUGGGCGAUAUAUAUAGCUCACUUUACUAUGAAUUGGUCCAACUACAUAAUAAUGCAUUGGCUACCCACGUAUUUGCGUUACCUUGGUGCUAAUUCACAUAGUAUUAGUUUAACAGCUGUUCCGUAUAUAUUCAAUUCAGUUUUUGGUAUUGUUGCAGGAAAUUAUGCGGAUAAAUUAAUUGAUCGUAGAUGGUCAGUUUUAAGUGUUCGACGACUAAUGACUACUAUAGGUCUAGUAGGACCAGCGAUAUUUUUAAUUCUAUUUUGUACAGUGAAUAGCUUAGCAGCAGCCAUAAUAUUCAUUUCCAUAUCAAUGGGACUAUGUGCUUGUAAUUCAGCUGGACAUUUAAGUAAUCAUGCUGAAGUUGCUCCUAACCAUGCUGGAAUUACAUUUUCAGUAUCCAAUACAUUGGCUACCAUACCAGGAAUACUAUCUGGUCCUCUCACAGCAGAACUUGUGACUGCAUCUCACGGCCGUUGGUUUCCAGUUUUCAUAUUAGCAGCUGCGAUAAAUUUCACUGGCUCAAUUAUUUAUUGCAGUCAAAGUUCAACAUCAAAAAUAUUGUAAUUAACAAAUUAAAAAAAAAAAA